AUGGCCCAGCAGCUGCUGCAGGAAAAGCUGACCUGCGCCAUCUGCCUGGAGCUCUACCGGGACCCGGUGACGCUGUCCUGCGGCCACAACUUCUGCGGGGACUGCAUCCGGGACUGGUGGCGCGCCCACGAGGAGAGCCCCGAGUGCCCCCAGUGCCGGGAGCUCUGCCCCGCGCGCGCCGAGCUGCGCCGCAACGUGGCCCUGAGCGACGUGGUGGAGGCGGUGCGCGCCGAGCCCCCGGCCCCCCGCCCCGACCCCGACCCCGACCCCGACCCCGGCGCGCGCUGCCCGCAGCACGGGCGGCCGCUCGAGCUCUUCUGCCGCACCGAGGGCCGCUGCGUGUGCAGCGCGUGCACCGUCGGCGACUGUCGCCUCCACGAGCGGGUGCUGCUGGACGCUGCGCGCCGGGAGCGCGAGGCCCAGCUGAGAGCCAUGCUGGAGGUCACCCGGCAGCAGGCCACCCAGGCCGAGAGCCAGCUACAGGAGCUGCAGCAGCGAAGCCGCCGGAUCCAGAACUCGGCCUGCACCCUGGCUUCCAUGGUCUCCGGCAAGUUCAGCCGCCUGCUGCAGGCCCUGGAGCUGCGUCAGAUCAAGGCACUGAGGGGCAUCGAGGUGGCCAAGACGCAGGCCCUGGCGCAGGCCCAGGAGGAGGAGCGGCGGCUACAGGGCCACCUGGAGGCCACGGCUGUCUUUGACCGCAGGACCCAGGACCUCCUGGAGCAGUCGGAUGACCGAACCUUCCUCCAGGGAUCACAGCUCCUGGCGCCCCCAGGGCCUCUUGGGCCACUGACCCCCCCACAGUGGGAUGCCGAUCAGCAGCUGGACGGCCUGAAGGGAUUGCUGAGCCAGCUCUGUGGCCUCCUCCUGGACAGUGGGGACCCCCACGGGGCACCAGCUGAGGCGGCUGACUCGGGUCCCCCGGAGACCCCAGGCGCCCUGGCAUUGGUCCCAAGCCCGGUUUGUCCGCUGAGGAGGAAACUCUGGCAGAAUUAUCGCAAUCUGACCUUCGACCCGGAGAGUGCCAACCGCCACCUUUACCUGUCUCGGCAGGCCCGGCAGGUGGAGCACCGGCGGGUGCCCCGAGGCCCGGCUGAGCCGGGCAGCUUCGAGCUCUGGCAGGUGCAGUGCGCCCAGAGCUUCCGGUCCGGGCGGCACUACUGGGAGGUGCACACGCCGAACCACUUGGUGACGCUGGGCGUCGCCUACCCGGACCUGGCACGGCGCAAGCUGGGGCCCUACACGGACAACAUCGGCCGUGGGCCCGGCUCGUGGGGGCUCUGUGUUCAGGAGGACAGCGCCCAGGCCUGGCACAACGGGGAGGUCCAGCGCCUCCGAGGGGUGCCAGGGAAGCUGCUGGGCGUGGACUUGGACCUGGCCUCUGGUUGCCUCACCUUCUACAGCCUGGAGCCCGAGACCCAGCGCCUGCACACCUUCCACGCCAUCUUCACCCGGCCCCUCCGCCCUGUCUUCUGGCUCCUGGAGGGGAGGACCCUGACCCUGUGCCAUCGGCCUGAGGCCAGGCGCCCUCCGGGGCUCCAGGAAGAGGCCUCGGGGCUCAGCUGAGGAAGGCACAGGGGGGAACUCUGGACUGGGAACAGGAGCCACCAUGCCCGUGUGCCCAGGAGCCGCCCUUGCCCCUGGCCUGGGGGCCUGAGGCCACAGCUAUCGUGGGGCCAGCUGUUGGCCAGCAGACUGACUCAGGGUGAGGCUGGGCCCCUUGUGGGGGUGGAGGGCCCCCCAAACUGGAGUUAACUUUGCCAGUCUCUUUGAAAGGGGACAGGGACUAGGAAUGGAGUAAAAUGGGAGGCCCCUACUCCAGGCAGAGCCCAGUUCCAGGGCCUGCCUGGGCGUCAGAGGCAAGGGCAGCGCCCAGGGACUCCUGGUCCUACAGGAGAGCCGUGCAACGUGGUACACGCCACAGACUGCGGCAAAACAGUGCACCAGCGGCUCCAGCGUACCUCCCACGAGACUGUAGCCGGGGGAGCUUCGGGGUGUGGGGAGGGGAACCGCAAACUAUUCCUGAAGACAAUCUAGAGAAAGGUGGUUUUUACCUCCUCCUCCCCUGUCUCUAUCUCUCUUCUUUUUUCCUUAACAUUUUUUUUAAGUUCUUUUUUUUUCUUAAUAUGUUUUUAUUGCCUAGGAGAGGGAGAGAGAGAGAUAGAAACAUCAAUGAUGAGAGAGAAUCAUUGAUUGGCUACCUCCUGCACGCUCCCCACUGGGGAUCAAGCCCACAACCAGGCAUGUGCCCUUGACUGGAAUUGAACCUGGGAACCUUCAGUCCGCAGACCAAUGCUCUAUCCACCUAGCCAAAUCAGCCAGGGCUUUCCUUAACAUUUUGCUAUAUUCUGAUUUAUUUUGUAUAUCCUUGUGGCUGCCACUCCAUAAACAGUUGUGUUUUCUGCAUUUUUACUGAACUUAAGCAUUUUUCACAUUAUAAAAAUCGUUUCCUGAACGAUGAUCCUAUAAACAGUCAUUCUCAUGGCUGUCGGGGUUUUAUUGACCCAUUAUCGGACAUUCAAAUUGUUGGAUUUGGGCUCCUAAAGAUAUUGAUGUGAUGAGUAUUUCUGAGCAGGGUGGGGCGGCGUCCCAAUAUGCCAAGGUUGUGGGUUCGCUCUCGGGCCAGGGCCAGGUACGUACCGGAGUUAACCAAUGAACGCAUUAGUAAGUGGAAGGGCAAAUCAG